AAUUCGGGUAGAGUCUAUUCCGUUGGUAGGUGAUUUAAAACAUAACUUUUAAAUCAUAGAAAGUAUAUGUACUUGUAAAUUCACCCUUAACAACAUUUGAAUGCGUCAAUCAAUAUGAGCUAAAAAAAAAUAAUACCCAUUUCUGAAUGAAUUAAGUGUAUUGACAUUGCAAUGAUCUGAAAGUAAAUAAGGAAUUGAUUUUGAGAUUCUACACCAGCCGCCAGCAUGUCAUUGGAUUACAGAAAAUAUACCUACCGUCCAAAAAGACAAGAUACACGGUUCCGAACAAGCUAUUCACAGAUGUCCCAGUGGAUGUCAAAAACACAGAAGCAAAACCGAGGACUCCCUGAUGCCAUGCAGAUGUCUUUACCAAAUGUGAUGAGAGAUUCUCGACCAAUCAACUCUAACAAUGACAUGGUAGCGUUCGGUAGUGCUCCACUCCCUGGUGCUGCUAUGGCUUCGAUAGACGAAGAUGUGCCACCACAUCUCAGAUACUCACACAAUGCCGGUUAUGAUGACUACCACAAAGCAUUUAGAACUGUCAGCAAUCAAUGGCCAUCCACUAGUUACCCAGCAUUCGGACCUCCAAGAUUGCGGCAAGGUAGAGCAGGGGGCAGCUGGAGACACGUGAAAGAAGUUCUUCAAGCUGGAGGCAAUAGAAUUGUCUUCGUAGAUGGCCAUGUUAGAUGGGAAGAUAAUGUAAAAAUAGAUGAAACUCCUGGUGGUCAUUUGAUACAACCAGAUGCUAGAGCUAUUAGAAUCCAAAGCAGACAAUCCUAUACACCAGGAAGAAUUGAAGUACAACCAGCUGAUGGUCCAGAUAGACUUAAUUGUUAACUAAGGUCUAACAACUUACCACGUAAAUAACCGUCCAGGAAUAGAACAUAAUCAUUGGCAGGUUGUAUGAUGGAUACCAGCUCAUGUUUACAUGUUUCAAACUUUAUAUUGCAACAAAUUGUUACUAAAUUUACUAUCUCCAAGCUAUUUGAUUAAUUUUCUGCUGUAUAACAGACUCUUUAAGUGGUGUAUUUUUUCAAACAAAAAUAGUGAUUAUUAUGCUAGAAGUAUUUCAUUUUAUAGAUGUUUGCUUAAAACUCUUACUGCCACAAUGUAUUAAGGACAUGUUUGUGCAGAUUAUUUAUUAAUAUAUGAACAAUGUGCUAUGUUUGCAUUUCCAAGUUUAUUGACCCUGUCAGUGGAAAUAAUGAGGAUAUGAAGCAAUCACAAAGUACAUUUCUUAUAUUUACAUAUUUCAGAGGAAAUAAUUAACUGUUUUCAUUGUAACUUCUGAAAAUGUUAAAUAAGAUCUUAUAUGAACAAGGGCGGAUCAAUGGUUUACUGGCAUGUGUUAUUAGGAAUGGGUAACAAAUGAAAAAUGCUGUUAAAAUUGGCUUAUUCCUAUAAAAUGUCUUAGGACAGUAUAACAUGGAUGUCAUCAAACCUUUGAUCUAUAUCUUUAAUUGACAUUUCAGAAAAUGGUAUUUUAAGGAUUUAAACACUGUAUAUUAAUGAUAAUUUGAAGAAACAAAUGGAAGUUUUUAACAAUCUUUUGAAGAAACAUUGUACUUGCCAAUUUGAAUAUGCAAAUGAGAUUUAUAUUGCAGUAUUUAACCAAUCAGUAUUGAACUUUUGCUCAUCAACAGUAUUGUUAUAUCUUUGUUAAUGUAUUUGUUAUUUCCUAGUGCCUAUAAUAAUAAACAAAGAUUUUUG